CACACUUUCACCCUCUUCUCUCUUUUCUGUCUCCUAUUGCUCUGCAUGACCGUAUCACCUCCCCUCAAAGGUACAGUGCUUAUACCUCAUCGUCUCUUUGGAUUUUUAUUUGGUUGAUUUGACAUGGCUCUUUGUUCUCUUUCUUCUUUUUCCAAUUAUUUCCAAACGCAUAUAAUAUGAUAUCUGCUAUUUCUGAUAAUCAAACCGACUACACUUCCCAUCAAUUCAAACGGCUAGACGAUAUUGAUCUGAGUUAUGGCAACGAUUUGUACGGUCCUUCUUCAUCACGCAGGGCAUCUUCGUCUCGAAGCUCGAGCAGUGCCAGCAGCAGCAAACAGACCAAUUUCACAGGAGCAACAACAACAAAGGGACAACAGCCGAUUGCGCCUGGCGUCAGCAUUAUUAUCGAUCAGCAACCCGAUUACCUUGACUACGGUCAGUCCAUCUCUGGACGCCUUUUUGUCGACACAAAGGGCUCACCAUCCCAAGUUCGCGUGACGAAUCUUCGAGUAUCUCUGUUCGGAAACGCACGUGUCCAUGGUGACCAGCCUGAACAACCAUUGACAGCAGGUCUGUUUGAUUACAAGAACGACGUCAAGAUCUUGUCGACAGGAAUUCGUAUCGUUAAGCGUACCGAACCAGUAUCGCCUUUCUUGACCAAGGAUGAGCAAUUACUGCAGCAACAACAAAAUGUUGGACGAAGACGAUCCAAAGACAAAGCACGAAUGGUUGAACCAGAUGAUUUCGAUAUCCACACAUCAAUCCAUCAUGACGAAGAAGGAGUCGGUACGCAUUCAGGAGAAGAUAUCAACAACAAUGAUUGGAUGAUGCAAGACAACAAUUACAGCAACAGGAAAUCGUCAUCUAAACAUGCACGCGAUAAGGCAGUCGAGCAGCUGAUGCAACAAAUUGCUCUGUGCGCACCAAGCAGCGAGCCCAUCAGCAGCCGUGGUUUAUCUCUCCAGAUCCUCAACGCACCCCAGAAUGACGAAGAGGAUAAACCGUAUGAUCUCGAAGCCAGCAAAAACCAUCGUAUUCGUUUUUCGAUUCCUAUCACGACCCAUCGCAUGCUUCCUGGUACAGAUAAUGACAAGAACCAUCCUAUUCAAUAUCAUUUGGUUGCACUUUUAAUAUACGCUACCGACAGCAACCCCAAUGCACGCUGGGCAUCGCAUACCGUUCAACCACUUGUAUUUCGACCAUCGCCCAUCGAGACUUUCAAAGACGAAGCUGAGAUGAACGAACUCGCUGUUGCACGGCACAUGACCAGUCGUCCGGUUUCUUUAUGGAUCACCAACAGUAGACUUGACCAACUAGUCCUAUCUGUCAAGAGCAAGCAAACCGUAAAAACAAUGCCUCCACCCAAGACCUCCUCGUUAAGCCAACAUGACAAGUACAACAGCAAUAGCUCAUCAAGGCCACUUGUACACAACAAAACGACAUGGAUGACCAGACUAUUCCAUCAUCUAAGCACUUAUUACGUUCAGCGACGCAAGGUGCUCGAAACUCCUUACCUCAAGUGUUCCUUAGAAUUGCCCCACAAAACCUUCGGCCAAGGCGACGCCAUACCGCUGCGUGUCCACGUGGAAAAUACUGGUCUCGACAUUGCCCAAGUCAUCGUCGAGACAAAGUUGAAGCAACACCUCUACAUGACAUAUCACUGCGGCGAGCAGGUAGACUCCAAAUUGAUCGAUCAAGCAACUACUUUGUUUACGGGAAACGAUAAAAUCCAACCGGUACCAGUCGACAACAACGAUCAAUCAUCGAUAAGGAGUACGGCCAACGACUCGGGAAUGGAGCUAAAAUGGGAAGGUGGACGCGACGAUAUACCAACACCAGCAGCAUCAACGCCAGCAGCUGAAAUCGGCAGCUUGUGCUCAUCCAGGAACAUCGUGUUUGACCUUACCAAAGUGCUUUAUGUGCCGGAUCACUGUGCAAGUACUGUGUUACCAGAAAUGACCAAGGAUACGUUUGAAGUCUCCUAUGAACUGCAGAUCACAGUAUCCGUCAUAGGAGCUCGGGUCAUCUCUACAACUCAGGAAAGCGCUCGCCAGUCAUGUUUUUAUGCCAGUGCCGACCAGCACUUUUCAAGGAGUAGCAUAACGCGAAGCAAAGGAUAUAUUCUAAAACCGCCAACGAUUCCGAUUAUAAUAGGAAGCGAGCGCAAGCUCAUAUAGUCUACCUUUUAUCUCUCCCUUGUUAAUUCAGUUUCCAUAAUUCCAUAAAUUACUUAAAUUAAAAUAAAUGAUUUAAUCUUACUUUCGUUUAAUGGUUACGAUGGCAAUUGCAAAUUCAUUUCCUCGAAUUUUCUUUUUGUGUUCCAAUCAAACCCAGAGGUUGCUCUGGAGGCGGCAUUAACAGCUCGAGUUCUUCAAAGAGGCAGCUGCUGUUGCUUGGUGUAACUACAGCAAUUCAUGCAUACUACAAAGCUGACGUUUUAAUGAUAGGAAAGGCGUUACA